UGCGGGAUCCUCCCGGACCGGGGCACGAACCCGCGUCCCCUGCAUCGGCAGGCGGACUCUCAACCACUGCGCCACCAGGGAAGCCCAGACAUAAGGAUUUUAGACCAGAGAAGAAAUGAGUAAAAACAGGGACGGAGGUUCCAGCCAGCCUGCUGAGGCCAAUAGGAAUACCCAGAGUAUGAGUGGCCCAUCAGACAUGCCCUCCAUGCCCUAUGGCCAGAUGAGGGACCAGGCCCUCGGAAACCGUAGCAUCCACACCCAGCUGAUGGAGAUGGUGCUGUUCUUGCGGCAGACGGUGGAGGAUAACAUCACGCAGCUGAUGACCAGGCACCAGCAGCAGGACCUGGCGCUGGAGAAGCAGAGGCACAAUCAGGCCGUCAGGGACCAGGAGGCCUUCCUGGGUCACUUAAUGUUCCAGAUGCUCCACUACCUGCAGUCUGGGGCCACAGGUGACCAGAGCUUCCAACUGCCUGACGCUUCCAUGGACUCUAGGGUCGAUGUCGGAGGUGGGCAGCAGGCCCAAUCAUCCAGGCAGAUUUGCCAGACGUUUUACCAAUGGAGUGAUUUUGAAGAUACACUUAUCAGCUAUGACCUGUCCAACCGUGGGAUUGACAUCUCUGCCUUAUACCACUCCAGCUUCCAGGACUACACCUACCAAGGAAACAAAUACCACAAGGACGAGAACACCCUGGGCUACAUCAACCUUGGUACCAGUGAGAAGAAGAUCUGUAUUGAUCUGCUGGCUGAAAAGUUGACUCGGACUGACAUGCUGUACAUUGAUGAAGACCUACUGCAGUAUCCUGAUUGGAGAGGGCAACCAUUCCUGCGGAAAGAAGUAGCCCGGUUCCUGACCUCCGACUGUAAGGCACCUGCCCGCCUUGACCCAGAAAAUGUGGUUGUUCUAAACGGCUGCUCCUCUGUCUUCUCCGCACUAGCCAUGGUUCUGUGUGACCCAGGUGAGGCCUUUCUUGUCCCCACCCCCUCCUAUGGUGGCUUUAUCUUUAGUACUCACCUGUAUGCGAAAGUUGAACUUGUUCCUGUCCACCUGGAGAGCCAGGUCACUGAGGCGAGCGCCUAUCCAUUCCAGCUCACUGUGGACAAGCUGGAGCAAGCCCUGCUCGGGGCUAAGAUUGAGGGGAAAAAGGUCAGAGGCCUUGUGCUAAUUAACCAUCAGAAUCCUCUGGGAGACAUCUACUCCCGAGACUCAGUGAUGGAAUAUCUGGAAUUUGCCAAGAAGUACAAGCUACAUGUGAUUAUAGAUGAGAUUUACAUGCUGUCUGUGUUUGAUGAAGCCAUCCCAUUCCAUAGUGUUCUGAGCCUGGAGAGUUUUCCUGACCCCAACAAGACCCAUGUGAUCUGGGGCACCAGUGAAGGUUUCGGCAUCUCUGGCUUCUGCUUUGGCACUCUGUACACCUGCAACAGGGAGGUGGCCUCUGCCGUUAGCUCCUUUGGCUACCUCCACAGCAUCUCUGGCGUCACCCAGUACAAGCUGUGUCAGCUGCUCCAGGACAGAGAAUGGGUUGACAAUGUGUACCUGCCCAUUUAUUGCUUCCGGCUGCAGGAGGCUCACAGGUACAUUACUGACAAACUGAAGGUAUUGAAAGUCCCUUUUCUCAAUCGUGGCUCUGGCCUCUAUGUCUGGAUCAACUUGAAACAGUACCUGGACCCAUGCACAUUGGAGGAAGAGCUGCUCCUCCAUUGCUGCUUCCUGGACAACAAGCUGAUUUUGUCCCGUGGCAAGACCUUCGUGCUAAACCAGCCUGGCUAGUUCCGCCUCAUCUUUGCAGCUAGGCCCCUCCUGCUAAGAAGCCCCCGACCCGGCGUGGACGGUCCCGAGUGCGAGUGCCUGGGCCCGGGUGCCCUGCGCACAGCGGCGGUGAGCGAGUCCGGGCGAGGAUUCGGACACAGACUGCGCGUGCCUGAGUGCCGGCGGCGGCUCCUCCAGCUCCGCAACCCUCGGCCAGACUUAGACUUCCUCCUCCCGGAGGCCGGGAGCCGGCGCCCGCGAGGCGCCCGCCGCCAUGCAGGGGUCUUGCGCUCUGCCUUCCACGCUGUCCGCCCUCUCGUGGAUCUCCGAGGCCCGGCCGCGCGGGUUUCGGGCUCUGGACUCGCCGCCGCCCCACUGGACGCCCCGAGCCCGCCCUUCGCUCCCGCACGGCGCGCGCCGAGCCGGGGCCCGGCCGGCCCCCACCUCCACCCCGCCUCAGCCCCUCUGACCUGCCGAGGGCCCAGGCAUAGGAUGAGGGGGGGCGAGAUGUUCCCACUCCCUCAGAAGGACUCCGGGACACCUACCACCUCUCCAGGUUCAGUCUCCACACAGGGCCUGCACAGUAACCAUGGGGAUGGUCUGGAAGGAGAAUGCUCCGGAAAACCAGACCAGAAGCCGCUGAAGCUCUAUGGAGUGGGUGAUCCCACUGCCAUGUUCUCCUCCGACAGCCCCUACCUGUCCUCUAGAGGAAGCAUCAUUAAAUGGUUCUGGGAUUCAGCAGAGGAGGGCUACAGGACCUACCACAUGGAUGAGUAUGAUGAGGAUGAGAACCCCAGUGGCAUCAUUAACUUGGGCACCAGUGAGAACAAACUCUGCUUUGACCUGCUGUCCAGGCGGCUGAGUCAGAGCGACAUGCUGCGGGUGGAGCCGUCCCUGCUGCAGUACCCUGACUGGAGGGGACAUCUGUUCCUCCGGGAGGAAGUGGCCAGGUUCCUGUCUUUCUACUGCAGGAGCCCCGCACCCCUUAAACCAGAGAACGUCGUGGUUCUGAAUGGCUGUGCCUCUGUCUUCUCCGCUCUGGCCACAGUGCUGUGUGAGGUGGGGGAGGCUUUCCUGAUCCCCGCCCCUUACUACGGAGCCAUCACGCAGCAUGUGUAUCUCUAUGGCAACGUCCGACUGGUCUGUGUCUAUCUGGACAGUGAGGUCACUGGGCUGGAGACACGCCCCUUCCAGCUCACAGUGGAGAAGCUCGAGAUGGCGCUGGAAGGAGCUAAUUCUGAGGGUGUGAAGGUCAAAGGCCUCAUCCUCAUCAACCCCCAGAACCCUCUGGGUGAUGUCUAUUCCCCAGGAGAGCUGCAGGAGUACCUGAAGUUCGCCAAGAGGCAUGAGCUGCACGUGAUGGUGGAUGAGGUCUACAUGCUGUCUGUGUUUGAGGAGUCGGUUGGGUACCACAGUGUCCUGAGCCUGGAAAGGCUGCCUGACCCCCAGAGGACCCACGUGAUGUGGGCGACCAGCAAGGACUUCGGGAUGUCUGGGCUCCGCUUUGGCACGCUGUACACAGAAAACCAGGACGUGGCCACUGCGGUAUCCUCUCUCUGCCGCUAUCACGGCCUCAGUGGCUUGGUCCAGUAUCAGAUGGCACAGCUGCUCCGGGACCGUGACUGGAUCAACCAAGUGUACCUGCCGGAAAACCACGCCCGGCUCAAGGCUGCUCACACCUAUGUCUCGGAAGAGCUCCGGGCCCUGGGGAUCCCCUUCGUGAGCCGUGGGGCCGGCUUCUUCAUCUGGGUCGACUUGAGGAAGUACCUGCCCGCGGCCACCUUUGAGGAGGAGAUGCUGCUCUGGCGCCGCCUUUUGGAUAACAAGGUGCUGCUGUCCUUUGGCCAAGCCUUUGGGUGCAAAGAGCCUGGCUGGUUCCGCUUGGUUUUCUCUGACAAGACCCACCGGCUUCGCCUGGGGAUGCAGAGGGUCCGGCGGGUGCUUGAGGGCAAAUCCCAGGUGGCAGAAGACGCCCCUUCCUGCUAGACCUAGGAGCCGAGUGGUCCGCACAG